AUGACGGCGAGAAACAUCAAACUCUUUUUUGCAAGAUGGAAGUACUUAAUGUUCGCUUGCUGUAUCACAUAUCUAUUGGUCAUAUAUGUUCCACUCCCAAACUCGAAUGUAAAAAACUGGAAAGAAGGAGAAAUCGAAUUGAGCAACGAUCAUGAGAAAGAAGAAACAAAGAUAGAGAUAGUAGAAACUAAUCAAAAGAAAGUUUUCAAAUUUAAUCCAUUUGGAAAAGAGCCAUUUGAUGUGGAAGAAGUUCUCACUUCGAGUGAUAUUAAACUAGAGGAACGGAUGACUGCAAAUGUCAAGCCAGGAGAAAAACGUGUAAUCCUCUCAUGGAAUGCUGGUCAUUCACCAGAUAAUCUACAAGGAUGUCCUGAUUGGAAUUGUGAAUUCACUCAGAUCCGUUCGAGAGCACCCGAUGCAUCUGCAGUUUUAAUUGCUCAUAAUGAUCCAGAAUUCAAGCCAACACCAGAUCAAUAUGUAGUUUAUUUUAGUCAGGAAUCACCUGCAAAUUCUGGAAUCCAGUUACCGACCCCUGAUUUCAUUAACAUGACUUUGGGUUUUCGACAUGAUACUCCAGCUGGAUCUCCCUAUGGGUAUACAGUCAAACUGGGACCAAAUUCAAGGCAAAAAGGGCAGGUAGUCGAUGAAAACAUAGUUAAAGGCAAAUCAAAAGGAGGUGCUUGGUUUGUGAGUCAUUGUCAGACAAACAGCAAAAGAGAGGACUUUGUUCGGAAACUACAGAAACAUAUUCAAAUAGAUGUUUAUGGAGGAUGUGGUCCGAUGAAAUGUCCAAGAGGAAACAAAAAGUGCGAUACGAUGUUGGAUACUGAUUAUCACUUCUAUGUAACAUUUGAAAACUCUAUUUGUCAAGACUACGUUACUGAAAAAUUGUGGAAAUCGGGUUAUCAAAAUACUAUUAUUCCAUUGGUUCUGAAGAGAAAAAUCGUUGAACCAUUCGUCCCUCCAUACAGUUUUAUAGCUAUUGAUGAUUUCAAAAGUGUCAAAGAAAUGGGAGAUUAUUUGAAUUAUUUGAUGAAGAAUAAUACAGCAUAUAUGGAAUAUUUCGAUUGGAGACGCGACUAUAAAGUUGUAUUUCUGGAUGGAUCUCAUCAUGAUGUACUUGAAAGACCAUGGGGCUUCUGCCAAGUUUGUCGAAUGGCAUGGACAGAUCCACGUCAGAGAGUUAUGAUUCCCAAUUGGGAUGUCUAUUGGAGACAGACUUGUGAAAAGGAUGGAGAACUCGUAGAUUCUAUUCCUGAAGUGGAUUGA